AUGUGGCGACUCGCUGGACAGUCUAUGUACUCGUCAACCCAGAACGGGUGUGGAGCCAGCAUAAUAUGUCAAUCUCCUGAAGGAAACAAGUAUGAGUAUGCCAUGAGAUUCAAUUUCCAAACAUCCAACAACGAGGCAGAAUACGAAGCUUUAUUAGCCGGCAUAAAAAUGUGCAAAGCUGCUGGAGCUCAAGAAAUACUUGCCUUCUCUGACUCACAGCUCAUUGUGAGUCAAGUGAAUGGGGACUAUGAGGCAAGAGACCCUAACAUGAUCAAAUAUAUGCAAGCUGUGCAUCAAGAAAUAGAACAUCUAAAGAGCUUUGAAGCUAAGCAGAUUCCCAGAACGGAGAACAAUCAGGCCGAUGCCCUGUCAAAACUAGGUACCUCGGCUUCCUGUGAUACCCCGCAUCACGUGUUCUGGGAAUUGAAAGAUAAGCGAAGUAUUGAGCAGGAAUUGUGCGCUCCUAUGGUAGCUAUUCUGGAUCGGUCGUCAACCUGGAUGGACCCUAUCAUUGCUUACAAAGUGGACGGUUUGCUUCCGGACGACUCAAGUCUGGCCGCCAAAAUACAAAAGAAGAGUUCUUGGUUUGAAUGGUGGAAUGGAGUUUUUUACAAGAAGUCAUUUUCUAGACCCCUCCUGCGGUGUGUCACUCCUGAGAAAGGGAAAGAAAUUCUAGAUGAUUUGCACCAGGGAUUAUGUAGCUCCCACAUUGGAGGACGAGCCUUGGCAGAGAAAGCCUUGCAAACUGGUUAUUACUGGCCCACUUUGAGAGAAGACGCCCUAGCUAUGGUGCAAAAAUGUGACAAGUGCCAACGGUUUGCUCAUCUCAUCCACAAGCCGGCCCACCCUCUCACUCCUAUCAUGAGUCCCAUUCCGUUUGCCAAGUGGGGAAUGGACCUGUUAGGGCCAUAUACAGCGGCCCCUGGAGGCCGGCGCUAUGUGAUAGUGGCUGUUGAUUACUUCACCAAGUGGGUUGAAGCAGAGGCUCUCAAAAACAUAAAGACAAGUUAUUUUGAGACGCCUAAGCUGAAGGAGUGGUUAGCAGACAACGGCAUACACAGCUGCUUUGCCUCUGUGGGACGACCUCAAGCCAACGGCCAAGUCGAAGCAUUUAACAAGAUUAUCUCCGAGGGGAUCAAGAAGAAACUAGAUGAAGCCAAGGGUCUAUGGGCCGAUGAGCUGCCAAACGUCUUAUGGUCCAUCCGCACCACGACUAAGAACUCAACCGGCGAAACCCCAUUCCUGCUAGCCUAUGGAGCUGAGGCCGUGUUGCCCAUAGAAAUGUGUGAACCUACACUAAGGGUCAUGUUAUAUGAAGAGAAUGCCAACUGGGAAAUGAUGAAGUUGGCCCUUGACUUUUUACCUAAAGUAAGAGGAAAUGCAGCAUUGAGGCAACAAUUGUACAAGAUAAGGAUGGCGAGGGAGUACAACAAGAAAGUCUCCAAAAGGGUGCUCAAGACAACGGCCGCUAAUGGUCCUAAUGGAGUAGUAGUCUCCCUUGUAACCGGCUAA